GGGCCCUGGUGACAACAGGGUGACAUCCGCUGCCUGCUCCCCUACGCUUCCUCCAGCCUUCUCUGGACCCCAGGCCUUUGCCAGGUCCCCCAGCUCCCAGCACACCAUGGGCCGUGCAGGCCAGCUCUUACUCCUGCUUUUACUGCCAGCGAUUGCAGCUCAGACAUCCCCAGGUUCCUGUUCUGAAUGUGGGCCCCUGUCCCUACCACUCCUGGUGGGCCUUGUGGCUGCUGAUGCGGUCAUGUCACUCCUGAUCGUGGGGGUAGUGUUUGCGUGUGCCCGCCCACGCCACAGGUCUACCCAAGAAAAUGGCAAAAUCUACAUCAACAUGCCUGGUAGGGGCUGACCCUCCUGCGACUUCCACGUUUGACAUCUGACCCUCUUAGGCUGGACUGUGCCUGGUGUCACGGCCAGCUGGAGGGGAGGGUGAGGGAGCAGAGGGGAUGGGGAAGUGGACACCCCUCUUUGCCCUGCUUGGGAAUCAAAUAAAGCCAUUGCAUUCUCUCUA